CCGGACUGAUUUGUCGCAGGGCCGCAAGCCUAGCCGCUCCACCGGCGACAUUCAUAUGCCCGUUUUGUUAUGGUGCCCAGCGUCGGUGGUCAGUCACGACUCAGGGAUGCAGGGAAGCAGGCAGGCAGGGAGGAGGAGGAGGAGGCAGGCAGGCAGGCAGGCAGGCAGCGCUCCAUUGAAUGCCUGUGGCAAACGUCCAAUCUUUCUGGCUUUCCUUGUGGGAUGAGCCCAGUGUGGGAGGGCCUUUUUGCACACUCCGGCGAGCAUGAUUUUCUAUUUCGGCUUGUUCUGGCUUUCAAGCCACAUGGUCGGCUAGAGAUCUGGGAGUGCUGAUUCUCGGGUGCUUAUAGGUUCUGUGAUGUGGUUAAGUUGCACACUGCUAGCGUACAAGCAUGUGUCAGAGCUGAGCAUUAAGGACCGAGCUCGUGGGCCCCGCCGAUUCUGUUCACAUGCUAUUGCUUCUUGCAGUCUUCUGGGGACGGCAGCAAGACGACAGGCUGGUCGCUCUGUUCCACGGGGCGGCCCCACCGCUCCCCCGGCCCAAUCAAAAAGAUCGGGAGACGCAAUCCCUCCCUCCACUUUCUCUCUCCCUCCAUCUCUGUCUCUCUCUCUCCCUCUCGCCCUUCUCUGUCGCCAUUUCUCCCUGACCUAGAGUGGAUUAUGAUGAGCCUCCUAACCAUGCAGAAAGGAAUUUUCCCAUUGAGAGGCGGAACGAUGAGUUGAGCUGAUUUUGAGGGAGUGAAUCAAUGCCUCGCGACCAGGUCAACCGGCCAAACUACGCUCCUGCGCUGUGCUCUUCCCCCAGACCCAAAUCCCACAAAACGCCACAGAGCCCCUGAGGGGAAGGGUCCUUUUUUAAACAAAG